GAAACUUGAGUAUAAAAUUUCAGUUGUAUUGGAGUAGAGAGAAAGUAUUGUUGCUUCAGUUUACUUCUGCUCUACUUAGUAUAUUGGAGUAUCUUUUGUGUUACCAUCAUGAAGACAGCCUUAGUGGUUGUUGCGGUACUGUUGUGUGUGAUGGGCAGUGCCCAGGGGUAUCCUCAAGGAGGGUACAAGCAACCUGAAGGGUUCUUCGAGUACGUGAACGUGCCCGGGCAUAAGGAGUAUGAGUUCGGCUGGAACAGAGGCAACCCUCACCACUUCAUCUCUCGCUUUGAGCAAGCCAAGGACCAUCGUUUCCGCACCAGGGUGAAAUGGUCGGACACGUAUGACGGCUAUGGGGAGCAUUACUGGGAGUAUAACCAUGCUCCUAAGUACCCAGAACAUGACGUCUACAAGUCUCCUGAACCCGCCUAUGGACCUAUUGAACCAGCCUACGGUCCUGCUGAGGCCGAUUAUGGACCACCCAAGGGAUACCCAUCCGAGAACAUCCCUGUGAUCAUUACUGAUCCUAUUGAAAUACAGGCAAGCGAAGGAUACCGAGGAAAUAAUAUGGAGUAGCUAACACUAUUUAUAUAAAGCGCUAAACUCAUGGGAACUAUUCAGCGUUGAAUUGUGAGAGCUCUAUCCUUUAUAAAUAGCAAAACGCAUGUUAUUGUAACCAGAUUUUCUCGACAAAAAAAGUCAUUCCCUAUCAGUUUUGCCUCCCUAAUUUUGUUUUUGUAUUUUCAAAUGUUGACAAGGCGGCUUAAAUGUGAACAGA